UGAGACCUGCAUUAAUUUCUGCCUGGGAACUGCUAACCCAAGUGUGAGAGACAGUGCUAUAGGACAAACUAAAGUGCGAGUGAGAUGCCUGAUACUCUGUCAUUGUCUACCGGCCUCAGCCUGGGGUUGGUGGCCGGCAUCGUCUCCGGAGUGUGCUUCCUCUUCGCCAAUGGAUAUACCAGACCUAGAAAUGGCAACAGAAGAUUAAAAGCGCGAUGUCCCACGACAAGUGUCUGCGACAGCUGCGGCGGUGACGACGGCGGCCUGCUGCCCUGCGUCUGUCGCCAUUACCAACCAUUGAAGUUCGAGUCGGGAGCGUGGUUUCUAAGGCAGGUGCAGCGGACGCUCAGCCUCAUGCCGUGGUACAGCACCGACAAGUUGGAGCAGAUAGAUGAGGAGCACGAGGGUUCGGAGACGAGCGAGUCGCGGGUGGACCUGCACAACGUGCGGGAGUUCCUGGAGGCGCUGUCGGCGCGGCUGGCCGGGGGGGCUCUGGAGGGGACGCGGGUGGCACCCCUGUAUGACCAUCCAGCUUACCUGCCCCAGACACCAGGGGGGAUCCCCGGGCCCACGGCCAGCGCGAGCAGCGCUCACGCCCAGCUGAAGCGCUUGGUCGCUCGCGUGGUGGAGGAAGCCGCAGCGCUGCCAGCGCUCGCGCGGUAUGCCACUGAACCUCAUAGUCCGGUGGAAUCCACGUAUGAAGACCUUCUGGCCACUGCUAUAUUGAAUAAGGUGAUCGAGCGUUACCAGAAUGAGAACGGCUCGGGGGGUCGCAGCAGCGGCAUCCACUCUGCCAGCGCCAGUCCAUCGCCAUCAGAGCGCUCCUCGCCGAGAUCCCUCAACUCCAGGAGUAGAAGAGACAUCAGGGAUAUAACACCUCCGCUUCAUGAAGAAGAUGAAGUUAUAGAAUGGGAAGAUGGCGGAGCCGAGGAACCUAUUGAGUUGCCUCGCCGCGUGCCGUUCCCAGAGUACGGCGGAGAUAUCAUCCAUCCUACAGAAAACGCCUUCCGCGACUUCGACGAAGUAUCUGGCAGUGACAUACAGGCAGUCGACGGAUCGUGGGAAGAGAACUGGCUCUUCCAGAAAAAGAAAAUCAACACAAUACAGUCCGUACCGGUCCCUAUGCUAGUGCCUAACUCCAACACAGACUACAAAGCUCUGAUCGGCGACAGAGACGCUGACGACACAACAGACCUUUCUGAUAAUGCUAGUGAAGAUGAAGGCGAUGUAGAAUAUAAAAGCGACGUAAAACGAGUGUUAGACUCGAAACACAUUAUUGGCGGUCAACAAAAACUUGAGGAACUUGACUUCGAACCAGACAGCCUUACGAUCGUCAAUGGAAACGAGAGUGAAGAUAUGUUAGAUUCCAUAGAAAAUAUAAUUGAAGAAGAUGAUAACAAGAAUUUAAAUAAAAAAGAGAUAAUUCAUGGUAAUAAUGAUUCUCACGAUUCAAUAAUGGUCAUCGGUGUCAACAGUGGUCCCAUAUCAAAAACAGAAUUUAAUCUGAAAGAAGAAAUACACAGGACAGUUGAAAACGGCGAUCAUGAUGGAAUUGAUGAUGAUACAUCAGAACCAUAUUCUAUUGGCGCGGAUAUCAAAUGCUCUGAAAGUUCGUUUACAUACACCAGUACUCCUUCUAUAAACACGCUUAGUCGACACGAGCGAGAAGGCGAGUACGAGGAGACUGUGACUGUACCUGUCCAGAGAUACGCGGAUAGUCUACGUAGAAAACACUUCGACGUUGAGACUGAUAGCCAAGUAACUCAGGAUGGAGCAGAAGAUUUAAUACCGGGCUCCAUAGCAUACAGAGAAAGAAAGAAGUGGUUAAAUUAUGUGGACAUGCCAAACAAUCCGUACUCCCCAGAAGCUAUUCAGAAAAGGUUAUCAGCCAAAAGCACGUCUUCACUAUUCGAUAGUAUGACAUCAAAAAACAACACUAAUGAACAAAACAAUUCUAUGACACAUGAAGAUGACUCAAAAAUGGAACCAGACUCGCUCGAUAUCCUUGAGGAUAAUAAAAAUGAGUUGACAAAGAGUGCAACAACAGAUUGUGUCAGUGACAGAAGAUCUGAGAGUCCCUCGUCGCCAAGAGUUUUAAAAGAUGUCCUAUCAGAGGAAAUCCCACAGUAUAAAAGAUACGGUCGCGAUUACUAUAUCAAAGAAGCAAAAUCCUCGUCCGGGGGACGCAAGUACAAUUACAGCGAAACUAGUUCCGUCACCAGCUCGGUCAACAAGUCCACGAGCUUAGACAAUUUCGAUACAGAGUUCGCGUCGCCAGUAAGUGCCAGCAGCUCAUUGAGUGACCUCGAGGCAACAGCACUGCACCAGAACAUCGUCCGUGCUGUCCUCAGCCCUAGAAACGCUAGUCCCAACUUCGCCAUAAACCCUAUUUUCGAAAACCCCGACAGACUCGAUAACAAAGACAAAACGGCCGACGCCGUCGAGCGGGACGAAGGACUACUGAUCAAGCAAUUUAACAUGAUUGCUGUUAACCAAGAGUAUACAAAAUUCGCCGACAAAGAGCCGAUUUCGAUAACGACAAUGCCGAAUGAGUACAAAAACGAAAUUCUAAUAGAGUACGAGGACGCCAACGAACAGACUCUAUUCGCCGCUAAGCCGGCCAGCAUAGACGACGAUACAGACAGACAAUUCGAAGAAAUACUACAGUCCGCCUACAAGAAUGAAAAUGAACAAGUGGCAGAACUCAUAGAUGAAAUAAUAGACGAAGCACAAAAGUCCAUAGAACAAGAACACAGUCUGAACGAACAUCAGAGUAUCAAUGAACACCAGAGUCUCAAUGAACAUAGCAUUCUCAGCUCCAGUAGUUUAGAAGACACGAUCAAAAUAUACAACGUCCAAACCGGCGAAAUCGUCAAGUGUAAACCCGAAGAUAACGUAUCAAGAUACGAGUGUGACGAAAAUGACAACAAACUUAUCAGCGAUAAACUGGGAGAAGACGAUAAACACAGUGAUACUUGUGCCAGCGGGGAAGCCAUAGUGAUUACUGAGCUCGAAGAACCGGAGAAGAAAUUAGAAGCAGCUAAUGAACUAAGCGAUAUACCUACCGAGUUACCCAACGUACGGGAAUUGGCCAAAAAGUUCUUGAGCAUGGAGAGCCUAAACGAAUCAGUCAAGCCGUCUCAAAACUAUACAAGAAGACGAAAGAGCAAAGACAACAUCAUGGACGAGAAGCCGGGAGCCAAACUGAACUACAUGCACAGUUUGACAGCUAGGAGCAUAUCCAAAGAGUUUAGGGACGAGCUCAAAUUAUCUAUGGCAACUCCACUGACUGUGCCCGGGGGCGCAAAAGAGAUUCCCGAAGGAACCGAUGACGUCACGAGAGAGUCCAGCCGCCCAGGAAGUCCCCUCCCAGAACCGGGAACCAUUAAGACUAAGCUAGCAUUCUUUGAAGGUCUCAAAUCGAAAUUUAGUACAAAAUGAUCUGGGUCUUUGAAUGUUUUGGAAUUUUUCGUAAUUCAUCAGGUGCUUUGAAUAGAGUUUCUAAGGUCACAAAGGAAGACGAAUUUUGUAUACACACACACAUUAGAUGCUACAGCUUAUUUACUUAGUAAAUUAGUAUAGUAGUUAGAACAAUAGUUUACCAGAUCGUAUGCGACAUUGGUGUAGAAGUCGGUUUCAAUUUCUCUUAUCGAAACGACUGAACUUUUUUCAGAAAUACCCGCGCACUAGGGUUAUGUCUUGUUUUUACUUUGAAUUUAAUAAGAAUUCGAAUCUAUUGCGGAAUUUAAAGCAUCACUAAUAAUUAAUUAUUAUUCUUUAAAUAGGUACACCACAAUAAAUUAUUUUAAUUUAUUUUCUUUAAUAGAGUUGCCUAUUUAUUUUUUCUAAGGUGCCAUUAAAAUACUACAAUAUUUCUUUACUUAAAGAAAAUGCAAUGUAUCUAUGCAUCUACCUACUUAAAACUACUUACGCUAUAAAAUACUGGAGAAGAAAAAUUAUAGUCACAUCUAAAAGUAAGAUACCACAUCCAGAACUCAAGUCUCAAUUGAAUACAAAGUACUCAUAUUACUGUAAAUGGUUGUUGCAAGAACUAGUUAAGUAACUAAAGAAAUUAUAAAAUUAUAAAAUGUACCAUCAAAUACAUUGAUUCA